ACGCAUUGCUUCCGUGGUUUCCAUAGCAACAUCAUGGUCUCAAACAUAACGGCCUAACUCGUGGUUUGCUUUACAACUUCUUUAAAACUGUUUAGCUAGCUCGCAUUUAAAAUUUUGCUGAAGACCUCGAGAGGUAGGAGAGUUUAGUUAAUAUUUUACACGUGUCCAAAUUCACCAUAAUAAGAGGAAAUUGUAUGCUAAAUUUGGAGGACGCUAACGUUACAGUGUUACGAUAGCUUUUAAGCUAACUAUGAAUGUAGCAAUCGCUAUCUACAUAAGCCGGGCCCAUUUUUAGUUCAUAAUACCCUACUGAAAUUUUUCUGGGCCUUCUCCAGCUGUGUGGACCCCAUCACCACCUUUCACUGGCUAUCUGCAUUCAUUUUUGUGGAUAUAUCCUGUCCCUCACGUACUGCACCCGGACAUCUAAGAGAGACAGUGAUAAACUGCUGUCCCAAAGUCCCUGGAGAACAGAGGCCCAGGGACGGAUCUAGUCACUGCUGAGGGCUGAAUGCUUGGCUGAAGCUGAAAAGGAUCCUCUCUAAAGCAGCGUCUGUGACGAGCCACCAUGGUACGCCUGACCAUAGAUCUGAUUGCUAAAUCUAGAAACCACUUCAAAAAGAAAAGGGGCCUCUCCUUCCCAGAGUACCUCAAGACACUCACCCACCUACACUUUUCCAGCAAGAGUAUCGAAGAUAUUGGUGAUCUCUCCAUGUGUCGAAACCUCACUGUUCUUUACCUGUAUGAUAAUCAGAUCACACACAUUUGCAACCUUGGCUUUGCCUCCAACCUCACCCAUCUGUAUAUGCAGAACAACAACAUCACUUAUAUAGAUAAUCUCUACAAUCUGCAGAAGCUCUCCAAACUGUAUCUGGGUGGAAACAGGAUUGCAGUGGUGGAGGGCUUAGAAAAGCUCCAUGAGCUCAAAGAGCUUCAUCUGGAGAAUCAAAGGCUGGCACCAGGGGAAAAGUUGCUCCUUGACCCCAGGACUCUUCUCUCACUGGCUGAAUCUCUUUGUGUCCUGAAUAUCAAUAACAACAACAUUGAUGAUAUCAGGGACCUGGCAGUGCUGAAGGAACUCCAGCAUUUAUCUGCUGCUGACAAUAAAUUGCACAAUAUGGAGGAGUUAGAGGAUGUGUUCAGCCACUGGCCUCAGCUGCUUCAAAUGGAUUUAAGUGGAAAUCCUGUGUGUAAAAAAGCAAAGUACAGAGACUGCCUGAUAACCGUAUGCAAAAGCCUUGAGGUUCUCGAUGGGAGGGAAAUUAAUGAGCUAACCAGACAGUUCCUCAUUAACUGGAAAGCAUCCAAAGAGGCCAGGAAGAAAAAAAACAACAAACAGAUAAUGACCGGACCCUUGAUCCCUUGUCCCUUAACAAAUGACUUUAACAUGGGUCAGGGUCCACAUCCUGGUCACAUCUGCAGCCAGGCUAACGUGCAGAGGUGGAAGCCGCAGCAGGCUCUCAGGGCACAAAAAUUAAAGAUUCCUAUGGGUGGACUUUUCAAUCAUGUGGCUGUCUCAUCACCCAUCUGCAGUCAUGUUGAUGCCUAAGACAAACCUACCAGUCCACUAAAAUCUCCACCUCCUCCACACACACAUUAGCCAGAGCCCAGGACUCAUCCUGCUACUGCCUUGUUUAAGCACCUUGGUCAUCACAGCUGUCGAUCUUUUAUCCUUGUAUAUGUAGCAGGACAGAACAGUCACUGUCACCCAUUUGCUACCUGCAGGCACUUCAGAGUCCCUGCAGUAUCCUUGACCUAUAGUGGUUUAAAAAUUAGACUUUUCGCAGCAUAUUUUCAAAUGUUUUUAUCUUUCUGUUAUAACUACAUCUAAUGUCCUAUAAAUUAAUUAAUAGGCUGAAAAUAAUCUUUUGUUAAAAACGAAAUUAAAGAGUAAAACUAUGAGUUAA